CACCUGGGAUCUAACGCACUCUUUCCUAGGUUAAACAGGUAACCGGUGAUAAGCAUCUCUUUCUCUCUUUUGAUUAUGCUUAGGUAAGUUUGUCUGAAACGAACAUAUCUGCCAUCCGUCUCGAGUACUCUUUCUAGGUUGUUUCCAAGAUGAAGACAGCAAAGGGGAAAGACAAAGCUAGGAACACCAAUGAAGCCUUGAAGCUUGUUGAUGACAGAAAGGUGGGAAAGAGGAAGGCACCGGCUGAGAAGGCUAGUAAGCGGGAGAAGAAGGCCAAGAAGGACCCUAACAAACCCAAACGACCUCCUAGUGCCUUCUUUGUCUUCCUGGAAGAUUUUAGGACAACGUUCAAGAAAGAAAAUCCAAAUGUGAAGGCUGUCUCUGCUGUUGGGAAAGCUGCAGGGCAGAAAUGGAAGUCAAUGUCUCAAGCUGAAAAAGCUCCGUAUGAAGAGAAAGCUGCAAAGAGGAAAGCUGAAUAUGAAAAGCUUAUGGAUGCAUACAACAAAAACUUGGAAGAGGAAGGGAGUGAUGAAUCUGAAAAGUCUAGGUCCGAGGUGAAUGAUGAAGAUGAAGCUAGUGAGGAGGAAGCGCAGCUAGAGAAGGGAAAGGCAGGAGAUGAAGAGGAAGAUGAUGAUGCGGACGAGGAAGAAGAUUAAACCAGAGAUAGAGAGCAUAACUGCAGGUCCAGAGGCAGAAGUAAGUAGUUUGUAAUAUGUGUGUUAACAACUAUAGAUCCAAAUGGUGUGCGCUUUUCUUUUUUCUUUUCCUAAGAACUAGGAACAGUUGUUAGCGGUUCAAGGAGGUUUUGUUUCAGCUUAUUAUCCAUAACAAACAAUGUACCAAUCACAAACUAUGUACAUGACUAAACUCUCCCUUCUAAUGCAUUUUGUGUUUCUUGAACUC